GUGAGUUUUAGCGUCAGCGGUCGAAACUCACAACCGUCGAAAACUUUGCCUUUAUUUACUUUAAGUCAUUUAUAGUGCAACAUUUACUUCAGCUGCCGUUUAACAAGGAGGAGGACGCAGUCAGAGACACUAUUUUAGAGGUUAACGAUACCCAUAGAGGUAUCUGCCUCUCACUAUGGCUGACCCAGGGACCCCCCGCACAGGCCGUUCAUCUUCCAGCAUGUCCAAGCGGUCCAUUUCAGGGAAAGGUCGCUCCAAGAGCAAACUCACAUCCUCCACAUCGGCCCCCAGUGACUUAUCUCCCGAAGUGCCAGAGAUUGCAGAUGGGAAGACUGAAGACGAGCCUGUUUCACAGGUGCCUAUUUCAGACACUCAGGAGGAAGUAGAUUUAUACACCAAACGGCUGAAAGAAACAUUUAAAAAGCACUUAGUGCUGAGUGGCAUAUCAAAGGAGUCAUGGACAGAUGAAAAUAAGCGAGCCUUGGAUAAAUUCAUCUCAGAUCCUUCCGUCAGGCUUCUCAUUGUCUACCAUGACCCUUUCACCAGCCCCCGCGUGGACUUCACCAUGCCAACUCAGGUGGUGGAUCAGAUGUCCUACUUCAUUCGAAUAGAGGACAGUAUAAUCACGGAGGAUAGUUUUGAAAGCUCGUUGCAAUUCGGUUCUAUAAAGAGAGGGGCUAUAGAGGGUCUCCUCAGGUUGAUGAACGGUAUUCAUGCCCGUCAGGUCACCCUCAGCACCACCUGGCCGGAGAUUACCAAGAACAGCUACUGUGUAAACUUGCACCGCCUCGUUACCAACAUUACAGACACCAGAUUUCAACUGCUGGGCACCACAGUGCUAUAUGUUCCUCUGGAGGCCCUGCAGCACCGCCCAGAGGAAGCCAUCAAGAACAAGUAUCUAGUGCAGAGGCUCGAGAUGGUGAUGAUCCACUGGACACGUCAAAUAAGAGAAGUACUGAACGCUCAGGAGAUGGGCGAGAUGGGAGACAGCUCGGGUCCUCUGGAGGAGAUCUCUUUCUGGAAGAGCCGCUUUGCCGACCUGGCCAGCAUUAGUCAGCAGCUGCAGAAACCAGGAGUCUGUCACAUACAGGAGAUUUUGCAGCUCUACAACUCUUUCUACAUCCCACAAUUCAGUAAACUAGCCAAGCACAUCCAGGAUUGUUCUUUGCAGGCCCAGUCGAACAUCUCUUUCCUGUCCCUUCUGAAAGAACCGUGUGAGGAGCUGGCUCGACUUAAACCUUGUGAGAUUGCACCUAAACUCGCUCACAUCAUCAAACUCAUCCGUGUGAUAUGGGUCAACUCCAGCUACUACAAUACCCGUGAUAGAAUCACCGCCUUGUUUGGAAAGAUGAGUAAUGAGAUCAUCCGUCUGUGCUGUACAGAGAUCUCUCUGGACAGGAUCUUCCAGGGUUACGUGAUCUCCAGCAAACAAGUUCUGAAUGAUUGUAUCCAGUGCUGCCUGGUGUGGAAGGAGCUGUACCUGUACACCUCCCAGCUUCACCACAAAUAUUCUUCUCAAGGCUGGUCCCUCAACGAGACCAGCAUAUUUGCUCUGGUGGAGGCCUUUGUGCAGAGAUGUAAAGAUCUAAUUGAGGUGUGCGAGUGUCAGCAGCAGUUUGCUCGUCGUGAGGAGGGCGAGCAGUUGCAGUUGCCGUGCUUUGCGGGACGUCAGGGGUUGGAGGUCACUCAGAGCCUGUUGAACAUAGAAGCAACCUUUGACAAGAACCUGAAGGCCCUGGGCUCUGUUAAGGACAUCCUGAAUGUCAGAAACACAGCUUGGCAUGAUGGCUACAGCAGGUUUCGUGCGGAGGUGAAAGAUCUGGAGAUGAUGAUGCAGAAUUUGAUCAGAUCUGCUUUUGAGACGGUGAACAGCGUAGAGGAAGGAGUCCAGCUGCUCGAUGUGUUUCAGCACCUGUCUGCACGAGAGGCCAUUAGGAGGACCAUUGACAGAAAGAUGAUAGAUGUAUACACUUUGUUUAGUACCAAGCUAAGUGUGGUGAAUGAAGUGUUGUGUAGGAUAUCAUCUCUUAAUCCUGUUCAAAUGCCUCAACGCGCAGGGGAGGCUCACUGGGCCCGAGCACUCCGCACUCAGAUAGAAAGACCCAUGGAGGUUCUCCGGCAUGCAUAUUUCCUGCCUGAGGUCAGCAGUGCAGAGGAAGUGCAUGUGGCUUAUGCUAAGCUAUGUCAGAAUCUGGAUGAGAAGGCUAGGAAGAGCUUCACGGAAUGGAGUCAGAGUCUCGACAGGCAAUGUCUUAGCAGCCUCGACCAGCCACUCAUGAUCCGCUGUCAAAAGAAGGCAGGCUUGCUGGACAUUAACAUCAACAAGAACCUGUUGAAGAUGUUUAAUGAGAUUCAUUACUGGGACCGGCUGCUGUUUGAGAUCCCUCACUAUGUCACAGAUCUGUAUCAGCGUAGAGAGGAGCUCCACAACCUGAAAGAGAAUGUCCUGCUAGUGGUCAAAGACUAUAACAGAAUCAUCAUGGCCCUUAAUGCAGUUGAAAUGGGUCUAUUUUCGGAGAAAAUACGGUUCUUGAAUAAGAAAAUUCAGCCAGGCCUGUCAAAGCUGCACUGGUCUACAAAAGGAGCUGCCAACGUCUUUAUCAAUGACUACCGAGUGCACGCUAACAAGGUGCAGUUAAUGGUGGACGAAUUUAAGGCAGCUAACCUGGCUGUCUCUAAGCUCUGUGCCCAGAUCAGUGAGCUGAUGUUGGUUCGUGUGGACGGGAAGAAGGUCUACGGAGACCUGGAAUUCCAGGAGGAUCAGCAGAAUCAUCAGCACAGCCAGCUGCUCCGGCUGCAGGCUGCUCACCAGGACAUGGUCAACGUCAUGGCCAGAGUCUAUGCGACAUUUCACACAGAUGGUCCAGAGGUGCAACGGCACUGGAUGUCAUACAUGGAAAAGAUGGAUCGUAUGGUAGAGGAUGCGUUUCGAGUGAAUAUAAAGUGCUCUCUUCAGGAGCUCUCUAAAGCCAUCAAUGGAGAUGGCAAGAAUUCCCCAGACCCUUUAUUCAGCGUUGAGGUGGUAUUGAAACAAAACACCCCUGGAUCUACUGCUCAGGUGGAUUUUUCUCCCACUCUUCCAAAACUUGCUCAGAUAGUGAACAGCAUUGACAGUCAGCUCAUCAACACCAUCUCUGGUUUCAAACGUCUUCCGGACCUUCUGACCCAUCAGAACUUGCAGAAGAAGCCCAUGUAUAAGAUUAUAGAGCAAGAUGAAGAGAUCUGUAAGAUCCAUGCAGCCAUAACUGCAGGUAUGGUGACAAAUGCAUCUCACCUCCAGACCUACCUGAAAACCUGGGACAAACACAGAGAGAUCUGGGAAAUUGAAAAAGACAUCUUUAUUCAGCGCUACCAGCGGCUCAACCCAGCAGUGUCAUCGUUUGACUCUGACAUAGCAAGAUACACAGAAGUGGCGAAUAACGUGCAGAAGGAAGAGACGGUGUUAAGUUUGCAGUGUGUACUGCUGGACUGUUCCCCACUUAAAUUUUCUCUGUUGCAGCAUUGUAAUGAGUGGCAGAGCAAAUUCACACAUCUGCUCAGCCUUAUGGCCAGUGCCAAACUCAAAGAGCUGCACAAUUUCCUGCAGGAGAACGCGCUCAGGGUGUCUCAGCCACCUCAGACUCUAGCGGAGUUGGUAGAGAGUCUCAAGCUGCUGGAAAAUCUGCAAGCAGAUCUGAGUAAGAUUGAAAGUCAGAUUCCACCCAUCCAUGAGCAGUUUGCCAUCCUUGAGAAAUACGAGGUUACUGUCGACCCUGCUGUGUUGGAGUUGCUGGAGGCUCUCAGUGGAGAGUGGGUGUGGUUUCAGCAGGUUGUGAUUGACAGUGACAUCAUGUUGAAGAAACACAAAGACACGAUGAAGAGCGGUUUGAUCCUUUCCUCAGAGGAGUUUAAGAAGAAGACACAGGCAGCCCUACAGAGCUUCAUCACCAAUGGACCGUUUACCAGCGGGGUCACCCCAGAUUCUGCACUGAAGCAGGUGUCAGAGUUGCGCGCCCAGUUGGAAGCUCUUAUGGAAGAGGAGGGAAGCAUACGCCGCGGUCUCACCAUCUUUAAGAUUGAACAGGCCCCCUCUAAAGACAUCCUGGCUCUUGAGAAGGAUCUGGAUUACCUGGAGCAGGUAUGGGAGAUCUCACAGCAGUGGGAGGAUUUGUGGAAUGAGUGGAAGGGGGGCCAGUUGGCGUUUCUACAGACUGAGGUCAUGGAGAACACCGCACAAACAAUGUUCAAGAGACUUCACUCACUGAGCAGAGAGUUGAAGGACAAGCAGUGGGAUGCUGUGGAUUUUAAUAAGAGCAGGAUCGAGCAGUUUAAGAAAAUCAUCCCAUUGAUUGCAGACCUCAGGAAUCCAGCCAUGAGAGAGAGACACUGGGAUCAAAUACAGCAAGAGGUCCAGCAGUCAUUCGAUCCAAACAGUCCCGACUUCACCCUCGAGAAGAUUGUGUCUUUGGGUUUGGACCACCAUGCUGAACGCGUCAGUGACAUAUCAGGAGCUAGCAGCAAAGAGCUCUCCAUAGAACAGGCGCUGGAAGGAAUCAUGAAAACGUGGGAGGAAACGUCACUGGACAUCACACCCUACAAAGACAAGGGUCACCACAAACUGAGGGGAACAGAGGAAGUGUUCCAAGCUUUGGAGGAUAACCAGGUGACCCUGUCUGUAAUGAAAGCAUCCCGCUUUGUCAAAGCAUUUGAAAAGGAAGUUGACCACUGGGAACGCUGUCUGUCUCUUGUGCUGGAAGUCAUUGAAAUGAUCCUCACUGUACAAAGGCAGUGGAUGUAUCUGGAGAACAUAUUUCAGGCAGAGGACAUACGUAAGCAGUUGCCUCAUGAGACGGCCGAAUUUGAUGAUGUCAACUCCAGUUGGAAGAAGAUCAUGGAACACCUCAAUAAGGACAAAAACGCUUUGAAAGGAACACACCACCCAGGUCUUUUAGAAAAGCUCUCAGACAUGAACAGUAAGUUAGAGGAGAUACAGAAGUCCCUGGACAUGUACCUCGAGACCAAAAGGCAGAUCUUUCCCCGAUUCUACUUCUUAUCUAACGAUGACCUGCUGGAGAUCCUGGGCCAGUCACGCAAUCCUGAAGCUGUGCAGCCGCACCUCAAGAAGUGCUUUGACAACAUCAAGAGUCUCCGCAUCAACAAGACUGGGAUCAACAGUAAUAAGUGGGAAGCCAGUGGAAUGAUCUCAGCCGAUGGAGAGUUGGUGGACUUCACUCAUCCUGUUCUUCUAGAGGGGCCGGUAGAGGCGUGGCUGUGUGAUGUAGAGCGGACCAUGCGCUGUACUCUAAAGGACUGUCUGAAAAACUGUUGCAUGGCUCUCAAGAAGAUGGUUGGGAAAAGGGGCAAAUGGGUGCGAGACUGGCCAGGACAGAUGUUGAUCACUACUAGUCAAAUCCAGUGGACAACAGAUGUCACCAGAGCUCUUGUGACCAACAAAGAGACGACGGAUAAAUCUGCUCUCAAAUCACUCAAAAAGAAGCAGGUGUCAAUGCUCAAUCAGCUCUCUGAAGCCAUACGAGGAAAUUUAUCCAAGAUCCUACGGUUGAAGAUAGUCGCCUUGGUCACCGUGGAGGUCCACGCCCGUGAUGUCAUCAGCAAACUGGCCAAGGCGGGAUGCUCUGACGUCAACGCCUUUGACUGGCUCUGUCAACUCCGCCUAUACUGGGACAAGGAUGUGGAUGAUUGCAUCAUCAAACAGACCAACACACACUUCCGCUACGGCUAUGAGUACCUGGGCAACUCUGGCCGUCUGGUCAUCACCCCCCUCACAGACAGGUGCUAUAUGACUCUAACCACAGCGCUGCAUCUACAUCGGGGUGGUUCUCCUAAAGGUCCCGCUGGCACUGGAAAAACAGAAACAGUGAAAGAUCUGGGCAAAGCUCUGGGCAUGUAUGUGAUAGUGGUCAACUGCUCAGAAGGUCUGGACUUCAAAUCUAUGGGCCGCAUGUACUCCGGUCUUGCUCAGACUGGUGCAUGGGGUUGUUUUGAUGAGUUUAACCGUAUAAACAUUGAGGUGCUGUCCGUGGUGGCCCAGCAGAUUCUGUCCAUCCUGUCUGCUCUUUCUGCUGGGGUCAACAAAUUCAUCUUUGAAGGAAAGCAGAUCAGCUUAGUAUGGUCUUGUGGAAUCUUCAUCACCAUGAACCCAGGCUAUGCUGGCCGCACUGAGUUGCCUGAUAAUCUGAAGUCUAUGUUUCGGCCGAUCUCUAUGGUGGUGCCAGAUUCCACCCUCAUAGCCGAGAUUACUCUCUUUGCAGAGGGUUUUAGUAAUUGCAAGGUGUUGGCUAGGAAGGUCUUCACUCUGUAUUCUCUGGCAGUGCAGCAGUUGUCUAAACAGGACCACUAUGACUUCGGUCUGCGAGCUCUCACCUCUCUACUACGCUAUGCUGGAAAGAAGCGCAGAGUUUGUCCAGACAUUGCUGAUGAAGAGAUUCUGCUGAUGUCUAUGAAAGACAUGAACAUUGCCAAGCUGACCACCAUCGAUCUGCCACUGUUUAAUGGGAUCAUCCAGGAUCUUUUCCCUGCUGUGGAGACGCCUACUAUUGACUAUGGAAAGAUAAAAGAGGCUAUAGAAACAGAACUUCAUCAGAGCGGUCUCCAGGUGACCCGCUUCACAAUGGCUAAAGUAAUUCAACUGUUUGAGACCAAAAAUUCCAGACACUCCACCAUGAUCGUGGGAAAGACGGGCAGUGGCAAGACGGUCACGUGGAGAACCCUCCAGAACGCCCUCAGCAACCUACACCACAAAGGAGAGCCAGGAUUCAAUCUAAUACGUGAGUUUCCCCUGAAUCCCAAGGCAGUCAGUCUGGGUGAGCUGUACGGAGAAUACAACCUUGGCACCAACGAGUGGACAGACGGCAUCCUCUCUUGCCUUAUGAGGGUGGCCUGUGCAGAUGAGAAGCCUGAUGAGAAGUGGAUUGUGUUUGAUGGGCCAGUGGACACGCUGUGGAUCGAGAGCAUGAACUCUGUAAUGGACGACAACAAAGUCCUCACACUCAUCAAUGGAGAGAGAAUAUCCAUGCCUGAACAGGUACAGGUGUCAUUAUUAUUUGAAGUGGAGGAUUUAGCUGUGGCAUCCCCUGCUACCGUAUCUCGCUGCGGUAUGGUUUACAACGACUACUCCGAUUUGAGCUGGAAGCCGUACGUUCAAUCCUGGAUGGAAAAACGACAGAAGAUUGAAAUGGAACAUUUAAAGCUGCUGUUUGAGCGAUAUAUGGAGAAGACCCUCACUUUUAAGAAGAUUCACUGUAAGGAGCUUGUGAGCAUCACUGAACUGAACGGAGUGGCAUCGCUCUGUAGACUCUACGACUCACUGGCCACUCCUGAAAACGGGGUAAACCCAGCGGACACUGAACACUUCAGCUGUAUGGUGAAGCUCUGGUUCAUCUUUAGUCUCAUAUGGUCUGUGUGUGGCUCUGUGGAUGAGGAUGGACGCAAGAAGAUUGACAACUUCCUACGUGAAAUAGAAGGAACUUUCCCUAACAAGGACACCAUCUACGAGUACUACGUGGACACCAAGAACAAAACGUGGGCGUCAUUUGAGGACAAGCUGCCCAAGGGUUGGCGUUACGCUUCCAAUGCUCCAUUCUAUAAGAUCAUGGUGCCCACGGUGGACACAGUUCGCUAUCAUUAUUUGGUCAAGGCUCUGGUUAGCGCUCAGCACCCUGUGCUGCUGACGGGUCCGGUGGGGACAGGAAAGACGUCAGUGGCCCAGAGUGUCCUGCAGAGCUUGGACACAGUCACGUGGGCCACACUCACUAUCAACAUGUCCUCACAGACUAGCUCUAAUAAUGUUCAGGAGAUCAUUGAGUCUCGAGUGGAAAAAAGGAUUAAAGGUGUAUAUGUGCCGGUGGGUGGGAAGAACAUGCUUGUUUUUCUAGAUGAUCUUAACAUGCCCGCCGUGGAUGACUUUGGCUCCCAGCCUCCACUGGAGCUGCUCCGCCUCUGGAUUGAUUACGGCUUCUGGUAUGACCGCCAGAAACAGACCCUCAAGUCGAUCAAAGACAUUUUUCUUCUGGCUGCGAUGGGGCCUCCUGGUGGAGGGAGGACUCACAUAUCAGGACGCCUGCGGAGCCGAUUUAAUCUCAUCAACAUGACCUUCCCUACAGAGUCUCAGAUAAAGCUCAUUUACGGCACCAUGAUCAGUCAGAAGCUACAGGAGUUUGAGGAGGAGGUGAAGCCCAUCGGAGGGGUUUUGACCCAGGCCACCCUGGAGCUGUACCAAGCCAUCAGCGCCCGUUUUUUACCCACACCUGCAAAAAUACACUACCUCUUUAACCUCAGAGACAUCUCCAAGGUGUUCCAGGGAUUAUUACGAGCACACAGAGACUUUCAUGACACCAAGCAGAGUAUCACACGUCUUUGGAUUCAUGAGUGCUUUAGGGUCUUCUCGGAUCGAUUGGUGGAUCAUACAGACAUGGAGACAUUUGUUGGACUUUUAUCAGAAAAACUAGCAUCUCAUUUUGAUAUUCCCUACCACACCAUCUGCCCCAACAAACAGCCCCCUGUGUUUGGGGACUUCCUUAGAGAGUCACAUGUAUAUGAGGAUCUAUUGGAUUUCAAGGCUCUAAAGGCUUAUAUGGAGAUACAGCUGGAGGACUAUAACCUCACACCUGGUGUGGUCCCCAUGAGCCUGGUGCUCUUUAGAGAUGCAAUAGAGCACGUAACGCGUGUGGUACGUGUGAUCAGUCAGCACAGAGGAAACAUGUUGCUGGUUGGUAUCGGAGGCUCAGGCAGGCAGAGUUUAACCAGGUUGGCUGCUUUCAUCUGUCAGUUUACAGUCUUCCAAGUGGAGGUCACCAAACAAUAUCGCAAACAAGACUUCAGAGAUGACAUUAAAAAGCUCUAUCGAUUGACCGGAGUGGAAAACAAGCCCACUGUGUUCCUGUUUAACGACACGCAGAUCGUGGAUGAGUCCUUCCUUGAAGAUAUUAACAACAUCCUGAGCUCAGGGGAACUGCCUAACCUUUAUAAAGCAGAUGAGCUAGAUGAGAUCCAGAACGCUCUUUCAGACUCUGCCAGGAAAGACAAUAUCCUGGAGACUCCAGAUGCCAUGUUUAACUACCUGAUAGAGCGUGUCAGAAACAACCUGCACAUUGUGCUUUGCAUGAGCCCUGUGGGAGAUCCAUUCAGGAACCGUAUUCGUCAGUAUCCAGCGCUGGUGAACUGCACCACUAUAGACUGGUUCUGUGAAUGGCCCCGUGACGCUCUCUUAGAGGUGGCAGAGAGAUGUUUGGAUGGCCUCUCUCUAGGAAACAAAGACGGGAUCCAGGCUAAAGUGGCCAGUAUCUUUGUGACCGUGCACCAGUCUGUGGCCCAGUUCUCUCACAGGAUGAAAGUAGAACUGAAGAGACACAAUUACGUCACCCCCAUCAACUACCUGGAGCUGGUUUCAGGAUACAAGAAGUUGUUGUCUGAGAAGCGGGAUGAGUUUGGAGAGCAGGUGUCUAAAUUGAAGAACGGCUUGUUUAAGAUCGACGACACACGGAUUAAGGUGGAGGCCAUGUCCGUGGAGCUAGAAGAUGCCAAGAAGAAAGUGGCAGCGUUCCAGAAACAAUGUGAGGAAUAUCUGGUUGUCAUCGUUCAACAGAAGAGGGAUGCAGACGAACAACAGAAGGCGGUGGGUGCUCACAGUGAGAAAAUAGAAGCAGAGGAAAUCAAAUGUAAGGCCAUGGCAGAGAAUGCGCAGAGAGACCUCGAUGAAGCACUUCCUGCUUUGCAGGAAGCCAUGAAGGCUCUUGAGUCACUGAAUAAAAAAGACAUGACUGAAAUCAAGUCUUACGGCAGACCUCCAGCUCUCGUGGAAACUGUCAUGCAGGCUGUAAUGAUCCUCCGAGGAUGUGAACCAACCUGGGCAGAGGCCAAAAGACAACUGGGAGAGGGCAACUUCAUUAAACAGUUGGUGAAUUUUGAUAAGGACAACAUAUCUGACCGCGUGUUGAAGACCAUUGGACAUUACUGCACGCAGCCCGACUUUCAGCCUGAGAUCAUCGGACGGGUCUCGCUCGCUGCUAAGUCCCUCUGCAUGUGGGUCAGGGCCAUGGAGGUUUACGGUCGUAUCUAUAGGGUGGUGGAACCGAAGAGAGCCAGGCUGCAUGGAGCAAUGACGCAGCUGGCUGAGAAACAGGCCUCGAUGGCUGAGGCUCAGGGCAAACUCAGAGAGGUAGGAGAUAAGCUGGAUGAGUUAAAGAGACAGUACGAUGAAAAGCUGUCCCAGAAAGAGGAGCUACGGAGGAAAUCGGAGGAUAUGGAGCUGAAACUGGACAGAGCUGGAAAGCUGUUGUCUGGACUGGCAGGAGAGAGAGUCCGCUGGGAAGAGACAGUUUCUGGUCUGGAGAAGAACAUGUCCUGUCUGGUGGGGGAUUGCCUGCUGGCCGCUGCCUUCCUGUCUUACAUGGGCCCUUUCCUGUCUAACUACAGAGAUGAGCUGGUCACAAAGAUCUGGAUGAAACAGGUGAGAGAAUUGGAGGUGCCCUGUUCUCCAGGGUUCAGUUUCGCAGCUUUCCUGUCUAAACCCACAGCAGUGCGUGAAUGGAACAUCCAAGGUCUCCCAUCUGACGCCUUCUCCACAGAGAACGGAGUCAUCGUCACCCGUGGCAACCGAUGGCCGCUAAUGGUGGACCCUCAAGGACAAGCGCAAAAGUGGAUUAAGAACAUGGAACUUAAAAGAGGGUUGAAGGUAAUUGACCUGCAGAUGCCUGAAUUUUUGCGAGUCCUGGAGAAUGCAGUGCAAUUUGGUUUCCCAGUUCUCCUGCAGAACGUCCAAGAGGAACUGGACCCGGCACUUGCCCCAAUACUCAACAAGUCCCUCACACGAGUUGGGGGCCGGUUCUUAUUAAAACUGGGAGACAAAGAGGUAGAAUACAGUCCUGAAUUCCGUUUCUACAUGACCACCAAACUGUCCAAUCCACAUUACACGCCUGAGAUCUCCUCCAAAACCACAAUCGUCAACUUCGCAGUUAAAGAACAGGGUCUGGAGGCCCAGCUGCUGGGGAUUGUGGUGAGAAAGGAGCGUCCUGAGCUAGAGGAGCAGAAGGACUCUCUAGUGAUCAACAUCGCCUCCGGCAGGAGAAAACUACAAGAGCUGGAGGAUGAGAUUCUGCGGCUGCUGAAUGAGGCAACCGGCUCCCUGCUGGAUGACGUUCAGCUAGUAAACACCCUGCAGACCUCCAAAGUCACGGCCACCGAGGUCGCAGAACAACUGGAGAUCAGCGAACUGACCGAGAGCCAAAUCGAUAUUGCCAGAGAGGCCUACCGCCCGUGUGCCCAGAGGGCGUCCAUCUUGUUCUUCGUGCUGAAUGAUCUGGGCUUUAUAGAUCCCAUGUAUCAGUUCUCUCUGGACGCCUACAUCACCCUGUUUACGCUGAGUAUAGAGAGCAGCCCCCGCAGCCACAAACUGGAGGAGAGAAUAAACAACCUCAACAGGCACCACACUUAUGCUGUCUACAGAUACACCUGUCAAGGACUGUUUGAGUGUCACAAGCUUCUGUUCAGUUUCCACAUGUGUGCUAAGAUCCUGGAGGCAUCGGGCAAACUCAACAUGGAUGAAUACAGCUUCUUCCUUCGAGGGGGACUGGUGUUGGAUAAAGAGGAGCAGAUGGAUAACCCCUGCUCUAACUGGCUCUUUGACGCUAACUGGGACAACAUAACAGAACUGGAUAAACUGACUAAUUUUCAUGGGCUCAUGGCCUCGUUCGAGCAGUACCCACGCGACUGGCACCUCUGGUACACAAAUCCAGAACCUGAGAAAGCUCCUUUGCCUGGAGAAUGGAAAAACAAAUGUAAUGAGCUGCAGAAGAUGCUGAUUGUACGUUCUCUCCGGCAGGAUCGCAUCUCUAUCUGCGUCACAGAUUUUGUGAUCAAGAACCUGGGCCCUCUGUUUGUCGAGCCACCCAUCCUUGAUAUGAAAGCUGUUGUAGCAGACAGCACCACAAGGACUCCUCUGAUCUUCGUGCUGUCUCCUGGGGUGGACCCAACGGCAGCCCUGGUCCAGCUGGCAGAGACGUCAGGCAUGGGUCAGCGCUUCUUUGCCCUCUCACUGGGUCAGGGCCAGGCACCCAUCGCAACGCGCCUGAUCAAAGAGGGAGUCAAGAAUGGUCACUGGGUAUUCUUGGCUAACUGUCACCUGUCUCUCUCUUGGAUGUGUGAGCUGGAUAAACUGGUGGAUGAGUUACAGAUCCAAGAAUCUCAUCCAGACUUCCGACUGUGGCUGAGCUCCUCCCCUCACCCAGAAUUCCCUAUUGCUAUCCUGCAGACGGGCAUCAAAAUCACCACUGAGCCACCCAGGGGGGUGAAGUGGAAUAUGAAGCGUCUCUAUCAGCGCGUGUCUGAGUUUCAGUUCUCGCGCUCGGCUCGGCCUCCGCUGUACCGCAAGCUGCUCUUCACUCUUUGCUUCUUCCAUAGCGUCAUACUGGAGAGGAGGAAGUUCCUACAGCUCGGCUGGAACAUCGUCUACAGCUUCAACGAUUCUGACUUUGAGGUGAGUGAGAAUCUUCUGAGCCUCUAUCUGGAUGAGUAUGAGGAGAUCCCUUGGGAUGCUCUGAAGUUCCUCAUCGCUGGGAUCAAUUAUGGAGGUCAUGUGACCGACGACUGGGAUCGGCGUUUGCUGACCACUUACAUCAACCACUAUUUCUGUCCAGCUGUUAUCGAUACACCCUUUUUUAAGCUCUCCUCCCUUCUUUCUUACUACGUUCCUCGUGAUGGACCUCAGACCUCAUAUGUGGAGUUCAUUGAUCAGUUGCCGGCACUGGAGCACCCGGAACUGUUUGGACAACACCCCAAUGCCGACAUCGCCAGCCAGAUCACAGAGACUCGAACCCUCUUCCGUACACUGUUGUCUCUACAACCGCAAAUCACCAGCACUGACUCCACCAGCACUGCAACUAGCAGGGAGGACAAGGUGUUGGAGCUCUCCGCUGAUGUGCUUCAAAAGAUCCCCGCUCUGAUAGACUAUGAGGGUACAAGGAAGUUGUUGAAAGAUGACCUUUCACCUCUAAAUGUAGUACUGCUGCAGGAGAUCCAGAGAUACAACACCCUGCUACACACCAUCAGAUCAUCUCUCUUAGAGCUGGAGAAGGGCAUUAAGGGUCUGGUUGUGAUGUCCAGCAGUCUAGAGGAGAUAUUUUACUGUAUCCACGAUGCUCGUGUGCCUCCUCUCUGGGAGAAGGCGUACCCAUCUCUAAAGCCCUUGGCAUCUUGGACCCGGGACUUGUGCCAGCGCGUGGAGCAGUUUGCUCACUGGGCGGAGACAGCUCACCCUCCUGUCCUCUUCUGGCUGUCUGGAUUUACUUUCCCCACAGGCUUCCUCACCGCAGUAUUACAGAUCUCCGCACGACAGCACAACGUGUCUGUAGACAAUCUAUCCUGGGAGUUCACUGUCACUACAGUAGAUGACAACAAUCUGCUUUUACCUCCCAAGGAUGGAGUGCUCAUCCAGGGCUUGUAUCUAGAGGGGGCAGGCUGGGAUAAGAAAGCCUCUUGUCUGGUGGAGGCGGAGCCUAUGCAGCUAGGCUGCCCUAUGCCCACCAUCCACUUCAAACCUGUGGAGAGCCGCAAGAGGGUCGCCAAGAAUAUGUACAGCUGUCCCUGCUUCUAUUACCCCUUGCGAUCUGGCGAUGCCGGCCAUCCGUCAUUUGUGGUGGCAGUUGAUCUGAAGUGUGGAGCUAUGCCUUGUGAUCACUGGAUUAAGAGAGGAACUGCUCUUCUUAUGAGUCUUGACAACUAGGAAGACAACACACACACUCACACUUGUGUUUCAUGCCUAAUUCAUAUAAUUUCUUUUGUUUUACAAUAUGCAACACAGAACAAUCACUUGUUAGUCCUACAAACAGCUAAUUUUCACUUUAAAAAAAUAUUUGAAUGUGCUUAAAUUACAAGAAAAAAUGAAAGAAAAAACUAAAUAAACACUUGAUGGAUUUA